AUUGCAUCCUCCACCAAAGCCAGGCCACCUCCACGACACCGAACGUCACUCCGACCACCACGGCGCGCACGACACCCCAGCGAACACUCCUCGAACCUACCUCCUCGAGAGACUCGGAACGCCAUUACUCAGGCGCUCAGUUACCGACGACACGUCCCACGUACGCGCAUACAGACCGGACCACCGCGCAAGGCCGUGGCCGUUUCUCCUCUCCCCACCCCCAUCACUACCAUCACAUCGCAAUGCCGACCUACAAGACCAGCCAGGAAUGGCUGGAGCAGUCGUCUCUGCUCCUCCAGGCCCGUCCGACUACCACUAGAAUCACAACAAAGUACUCCAUCAAAGCAGUCAAACCCCGAAAGAUCAAGACCUCGGAGGACGCAUCCGCCGCAUCCGCCGCAGCACCCGCAGAAGACGCAACCAUGACAGACGCCAAACCCCCGCGCGGCUCCCUCGUCAUCAAGACCUUCGACCCGGUCAGCGGCGUCGCCCUCAAAUACCGCACCACAAAGGCCGCCGAGGUCUCCCGCCUCAUUACCUGCCUCGGCGCCCUGGGCCGCACAAUGUCCACCUCGAAACCGGCAACGUUGGACGCCGCCGCGGCGACCAAGGACGAGCCAAUGGCCGAUGCGGGUGGAGAGGACACGCCAGCCGGCGCGGCGACGCCUGUGGAGAAACCCCAGGCUGCUGCUGGAGGUGGAAAGAAGAAGAAGAAGGGCAAGAAAUGAGGAUAGGGAUUGAGACAGUACUGGGGUGUUUAUUUGGAAGUGGGAGACACAUUGCUGUUCGUGAGUAGGGCACAAUAUUGAGACUGAUAUGUUGGGCAAGUCGCAGCCAACAGACACAUCAUGGAGAACACUUCACUGUUCGAAAGGGCCUCAAAGAGUCUUGUUGAAGCCUACUUGCAUACACAUGCAAGUCGUCCCAGACGAAAUUUAAGGGGAUUUCCUUAACAAAGUGGCAACACGAGCACACAAGCUCAGGAGAAGCGACAUGUGGAAAACACUACAGCAC